AUGUUCCGUCUAUAUUCCAAAACCCGCCUGCCCUCUAUACUUAGACUAAGCAGAGCCUACUCAAAGCCUCAGGAGGCAACCUCAUCAUCUCCAAUUUCAUCACACUCCUACAUUGAUGACGAUAUCCUUUCCUUGGUGAGCAAGCAGAAGAUCGCCAACCACUUGGAAGAUCUCGGACCCUAUCCGCUGUAUUCGCUGAUUUUGACUCCCCAGCACUUUUUCCAGAAUGAAGUGUUGAUGAAAUACUCCCAGAAACUGCCCCAUCCGGUGUCGUUGAGACAAUUGGCAGGGUACGGCAAGGCCUUGACCAAACAGAAGAUCCUAGCAUCUGCCAACUUUGUCAGGCUAGAAUUGCCAAUAAGACUCGCCAUGAGAAUCCGUGACCUCCAAACUCUUCCCUUUGGAGUUGUCAACAACUUCCAUCUUGCCCAGAUCUACGAGAGUUACUAUCAUCUGUUCAAUGCUUUCCGGAAGAUCCCCAAUAUCACCACGGCAUCCGAAAACGAACGCUUUUGCGAGGAUAUCAGCAAUCUCUUGGACCAGCACGUCUUCAACUUGUCCCAUCUCAUGAUGGGUGCGUUGGAGGUUUCCAUUUUAGAGAGUCUUCCACAGGAAGCUCUAGACAGCUUCAUGAGCUCAAUGCUCCGCUCCAGAAUCAGUAGAAGAGUCAUUGUAGAGGAGCAUUUGUCGCUUACAGAGAUCUACAAGAAACAUCCAUACCAGAGGCAGUCGCCAGAUUACAUUGGUGAGAUUUUCCAUCGGUGCAAUGCUGCAGAGCACUUCAAAAUGGUUCACGAGUUGGUGAAAGAUUCCUCAUUAGAGGCAUUCCCUCACAGAGACCUCAUGCCUGAUUUAGAGAUUGACGGCGAUACAUCCUUGAGCUUCCCCUUUAUGGUACCUCAUUUGCACUACUUGUUUGGUGAGAUCUUGAGAAACUCCAUGGAGGCCACUAUAACAACCCACGGAGACAGCGGCAAGAAACUUCCACCAAUCAAGGUCACGUUGAUUGAUUCAAAAAAGCUGGUAACUUUCCGCAUAUCUGACCAGGGCGGCGGCAUGAGCCACGAAAAGCUCAAGUCGAUCUGGUCCUUUGGAAAACUGCCUGACCAUGCCAGACAGAGUCUUGCCAAUUUUCAUUCUAUCCCAGACUUGCAAAUGUACUCCAAUCUCCAAGUGACUCCAGCAGGUUCUUCUAUCAUUCAGCUGCAAGACCAGCUUCUGGGAACCUCCAUGGCAGAAACACUGCCGGAAACGAAAAAGUCAACCCUAGACAGGUUGAUCAACAGACACUACAAGUUCAAGUUGGGGCUUGGGUUGCCCAUGUGCAAGGUUUAUGCCGACUACUGGAACGGAAACCUCAGCAUGAAUUCAAUUGAAGGCUACGGCAGCGAUACCUGCCUAGAAUUGAGCAAGCUCGGGUUCCACUCCAAUGUGAUCCAGUUGGACAGAGCAUAG